AUGCGUGAAGAAAGGAAAAAGGCAGAAGACAAAGACGAUGAAGAUACAUUAUUUUUACUUAGUUUAGUGAGCUCUUUUAAAAAUAUUCCUCGAGAAUUUAAGCUUGAUGCUAAGGCUAAAUUCAUUGGUCUCCUUAAAAAAUACCACAACUUAAUUACUCCAAGAUCUUGCUCUGUUGUACAACGCUUUCCUACUAAUUAUUUACAUCAAAAUUUGUCUGAUUGA